UUGAGAGCCGAUGUGUUCACAUCCUCUCACACCUCCUGCCGAACCGAAAGCUCCUGAAAGAACAGAUGAUCGGCUCUCUGUCUCGCGGAGUGUGAUGCGGGUGUGUUUGUCAUGUGAAGCGACUUCUCUUCUCCACCUCUCACUGAGCUUCUGCCGUUUCUGCUGCUGGAAACUUCUGCGAAUCCCUCCGAAAGGACGUAUUCGGGGAACUCUUGGACUAACAUUGCGCUGCUGGUUUAUACAUUUAUUACAGUAGCAACGAAUCUGGGCAUCAGGAGGGCUUCGGGUGGGCACUGCUCUUCUAUCCGCAGACUUUGCCAAUUUAUCCAUUGCGAUAAAAGUGUCACCCCAGCGCAUGCACCGAUAUAUGCGCGUGCUUCAUUGCUGAUGUGUGUUAGAAUGAACACAUGAACACCGACGGCGUGUUUCUGUGCGGUUUGGUGUCUCCGGGCGGCGCGGUCCAGAAUUAUUGAACGUAGUGCGGACAUUUACAGCACACAGAGAAGAUCUGGGACAUUUGAGCACUUUGUUGAGAAGAACAAAGCCACAGAUGUGAAUGAAAGUGAACUGAAGAAAGCGGAAUAUACGUGUCUAAGUGUGCCGAAGUGAUGCUGCAAGUGGAAAUGAUCAUAUUCGUGGGUGUGAUUCUGUGGAUGUGUGUAUUAAGUCAAGAGCCCAGCUCAAAGGUGAUGGCUGAUCGAUAUGCUGUCUACUGGAACCGAACCAACCCCAGGUUUCACCGUGGCGACUAUCACAUCGACGUCUGUAUAAACGACUAUCUGGACGUCUACUGUCCGCACUAUGAGGACACAGUACCAGAGGAGAGAACAGAGCGCUACGUCCUCUACAUGGUCAACUAUGACGGCUACAGUACGUGUGAUCACACGGCGAAGGGGUUUAAACGGUGGGAGUGUAACCGACCCAACUCGCCCAACGGCCCGCUCAAGUUCUCGGAGAAGUUCCAGCUCUUCACGCCAUUCUCACUGGGGUUUGAGUUUCGACCGGGUCGCGAGUAUUAUUACAUAUCAUCCAUGAUCACAGAGACGGGGAGAAGAUCGUGUCUCAAACUAAAAGUUUUCGUGAGACCUCCAAAUGGCUGUGAGAAAACCAUAGGCGUUCAUGACCGCGUGUUUGUCGAUAAUGACAAAGUAGACAAUGCGUUAGAACCCAGAGAUGACACCAGUCACGAGGCGGAACCUUCCCGAAGUGACGUGUCUAAUUCAGGACAGCGACUCCAAACAACUCGCCCCCUGCUGGCCGUCCUGCUGCUGUGUGUCUCUGUGUUCCUCACAUUAUAGCCCCUGAACCGACCCCCAGAACACCCCUCUCUGAGCACGAGCGGACCUCCGCCGGCGAGACGGGAGAGAUUUGACUCCACUAUUUUUUGUUUUCCAAACAUUUAAGUGUCCCUUUGCUGUCUUUGAUUAAGAAAAGUUGAUUUGCCGUGCUAAGAAGAAAUGCAGAUCACAACCAAUCAACUGUGACGCUAAAUCAAGUCUUGACAGCCGGUCACAGGGGAUUGGCUGCUGGGAAGAGAGGGGGUGGAGUCUGAGAUUCAGACAGCGUUUUAUUUUGGCUCCAUUGUGGGUAAUUAGAGCAAGUGUUCAGAAUCACAGAACGCCCCACGAGAAUUGUUCAUUUUGACAGACUGUAGGUAGGUGUCACAAAACAGACGUAAACAUCAAACCUUAACGGUGUUCACUGGCUCAGAUCUGCUGUUAGCGAGAAAUAAACAAAGACUUCUUGCCUUUCGCCCUGUAUCUGCCUUCCCUUAACAAAUUGACGGUCUGUCAUGCAUCUGGCCGUACGGCCGGGGGUCUUUGAGUUACAGAAAUUUAUCCGAAAGUCUCUUUACGUUACGUAAUUCGAUUGUGAAAUUGGAAGCAAGUUCAGUUUGUGUUCGACUGCAAUUUGAGGGGCGUGUCUUAGUAGACCACACCACAAAAAAACAACGAUUUUGUAUUUUGUAAAAAAAACAUACUGCAACAUAAAUAUCUAUAUUUUUCCUACGACCUUUUAUCAAUGGAUAUAUCGACGUGAACGAAUCAUUCUUUUCUUGUCAUCAUUGUUUGUUCGACAGAACCAAAUCUCAAAAGGGGCUCCACUUUUUCCCCGUUUAUAGGGGUGGGUUAAACAAACGUUAGCUUGAAUAGGCCUUACCGUUUAUGUCUUGAAAGUGCUUAAAUUUAGCAUUCAAGUGGGGUAAAUAAAGUCUAAUUUGUUUAGUUCAUUAAUACAUUAAUCAGUUUAAUAUGCUGAUAUAAACACAAUAGCACUCGACUCAAACAUGGGCAUUCUCUUAAACUCCUCCGAUAGCCUUACACGGGACAGGAACGUCACGCAACCGGUCAAGAACAUGUCCGGGUCAUACUUUAACCCCUAAAUCAAGGAAAUUAGGAAUUGUAUUUUUCAUAUAGGAAAUUAAGUAUAUUCUAGUACCAUUAAGAUAUUUUCAGACAAUGUUUGUAACAUAUUAAUGAGGAAAGAAAUACAAAAUAAAAA